AUGGAAGCAAAGGAGCGAAACGAGGCAGUGAAAGAAGCGAUGCUUCUGAAAAAGAUGGAUCAUCCAAACAUCAUCCGCUUCAAGGAGGUCUUCAUCACCCGUAAACAUCGUUUGUGCAUUGUCAUGGACUAUGCUGAUGGUGGAGAUGUUCACAUGAAGAUCAAAAGCAGAGAGGGACAGCUGCUUGACGAGGCUCAGAUCUUGGAGUGGUUUGUGCAGACGUGCUUUGCGCUGAAGCACGUGCAUGACCGGAAGGUGCUUCAUCGAGAUUUGAAGACUCAAAAUAUUUUCCUGAUGUCCAACGGUUGUGUGAAAUUGGGCGACUUUGGCAUCGCGAGGGUCUUGGAGUUCACGAAGGACUAUGCUCGAACCAUGGUCGGAACUCCCUACUACCUCAGCCCAGAGAUCAUUAAGGAUCGCCCCUACAACUUCACCAGUGAUGUUUGGAGUUUAGGUGUCGUCCUCUAUGAGAUGAGCACACUCAAACAUCCUUUUGAUGCGGAUUCGUUGGUCCUCUUGGCCAGCAAAAUCCUGAAGGAUCAGUAUCCUCCUCCGGACUCCUCCUACUCGCCUGAGCUCCUGUCGUUGAUCAAGGCAAUGUUGUGCAAGGAUGCCCAUAUGCGACCGGUGGUCAACAAGAUCCUGUGCUAUGGAUUUCUCCAGGAGACCAUGGAAAAGGCCAACAAGGCCUACCAUUUGGGCCUCGACCUUUCUGAAUUUGCCAAGGCUGCCGCGGAGACGGUGAUGCGAGAGAAGCAGGCCAUUGGUGGCUCGUUGGAUUUGACGGGAAAUGACUAG